AUGGGAUCCCUACACGGAGUGAUCGAGACUAAGGACAACGCCGUCCAGAAGCAUAAACGCGAGAGCGAUCGCCUCCGUCGAGAAAUCAAGCGACUUCAUGUGGAACGAGAGGAGCGCCAGGGUCAAGAGAACGCCAUGAUCGUGGCGGCAACACAGAACUCGAGGCUGCUCAAGUUGCUGGAGCAGGAAGAACUGAAGCGCGAGAGCGUUCUCACAGAGCGGGAUGAAGCCCUGGCCGAGGUGAGCGAGCUCAAACAUCGGGUGAGGACCAGUGACGAGCAACACGCCAAGCGCACCAGCGGGUUGGAGGUCAAACUCAUCAAAGCUAUCGGGGAAAACUUGGCUCUCAAGGAGAAGUAUUCCAGCACUGACGAGAAGAUCGAGACGCUUACGAAAGAGCUCGAGUCCGCCCGAAAACAAGCCAAGUUCGACAAAGAAACCGCCGAGACAGCUCUCAGCACCCUGCGCCAGAGCCAGUACAGGGUCAUCAGCGAGCUUCAGGAGUCUAGAGACGAGCUGCAGCGAUACAAAGACCAGGCGGAGACGAAGGGCGACGAGCUUGCGGUGUGCCGGCAGCAGAACGCCGAGCUGGAGAUGAGGCUUGGCACCCUUCAGAGUGAUUUGAAUUCAAUGGAGAGGACCUCCUCAGAGCGAGAAGCAGCGGCGGAUGAAGACUCCCGACUAGCACAAGCAAGGCUCGAGAAGGAGAUUUCCCUGAGCGAAAGCCUCCACAACAAGGUGGCGAGCAUGAGCCGGACGAUACUGAGGCUGGUUGAGCGUCACAAGGAUCUGAAGGCUCAGGUGGUGAAGCAUGAGGCUGAGGAAGCUCGCCUGGGAGACCAGAUUGAGGAAGCUAGAAAGCGAGAAGUUCGGUUUCAGCAGAAGGUUGUCCGCUUGAAGUCUUCCCUAACCGUGGAGACGACGCAUAAACGCCUGUACGCAGCGCUGGACAAGUUCAACAGCCAGAUGACCAAGCCUCCGCUCCCUGCCGCAAACGGGGGUGGCAAUCUUCCGCAUGACGAAGCCUUGGCGAUUGGGCCCUCUACCCAACGCAUCAAGGGAGACGCUUUGCGGUGCAGGCGGCAACUUCUCUCGAAUCACAUGGCGCUGUUCGGGCUGGUAGCUGGCCGAGACGACGGCACAUCAGCUAGGCACGCUUUGAACGAACUGGACCUAUCGGAUUGCGGCUUGGACGACUUCGACGUUCAUGGCGUGAUGGAGCUCGCGUGUUCGUGCCCCCGGCUGGAAGUCCUCAAUCUCAGCAUGAACUACAUCGGCGACGCCGGCGCGGCAAGCUUAGCUACCGUUCUGCGACUGGCAUCAUGCGGUUUGAGGAGACUCGACCUCACAUGCAAUCAGAUGAGCAUGGAAGGCGUUAGGGUGCUGGCGAAGGCUCUGGAGGAGAACUGCAGCCGAGGCGUGAGCCACGUGUACGUGCACAGCGAAGGACGAAUAGAUGCGCUCGGCAGAGAAAAGGAAGACAAGUGUCAGUCUGUGAAAGAGAGGAACAGCGUGCCGGAUGAGGAGCAGGAUGCUUUGGGAAUGUUCUUCAGCGUGGUUAUUGUUGACGCAAGGGACAACCACCCUCAGCCAGCCGGCAACCCCGACACGGCGCUACCCUUGGCACGUCGCGGGAAGAGGCAGAUCGGUCACAUAGCCGCGGCCAGGGGGCUCAUCGGCAGCAAGAAGAAGGGCUCUGGAAUCAAGCCGGAAAGGAACAGCCACAACUCCCUCUUAGCCAGGCAGAGCCAAGUCCGAGAUUUCAUGACGAAGGUUGCCUACAAUUAG